CACCUUUUCAACGCUUCACGCCUCCUCUUCUUGCGCCUUGUGGACUCUUGCACAAUGCCAUGGAGGAAGAGGUGCUCUUGAGUGGUUGGUUAGAGAAGCGGCUGCCAGUGCUACGAGACACCUGGGAGCCCCACUGGUGCGUCCUGAGGCAGAGCUCCUUAGCGUGCUACGAGGCGGAGCGUGAGUGCUCCGUGCCCAAGCUGGAGCUCCGAGUGCUGAAGUGGGCGGCCUUCAGGGAAGAAGAUGCCUUUGGAGAUGCGCAGCUCCAUCGGAAGACACGGCCCUGCGGCUUCGUGUUGGACCUGGGGACCGAUGUGCCACACGCUCACCAGCGCUUUGUGCACUUCGACGCGGCGACAGAGGCGCAGCUCCAACGGUGGCUGGAGGCCUUCCAGGCAUUGCAACUUCCAGCCUCAGAGAGCCCUCAGGCGUCAGAUGCGACUCCAUCGCCCAAGGGCUACGCCAUCAGCGUGCGCAAGCGGACCUUUCUUUAUCGCAAGCACACCUACAAGCUCCGCAAGAAUCGGCCCAGGAACCAGGUGACCGCUACCGAUGAUUGGUGUGCCGACAUCUCUCUACAACCAGAGGCAUAAGGGACAGGCGGCCACUGAUGUGGUCUUCCCGCAGUGUCUGGGAAUCUACAUUUGCAGCAGUGCCAUUUACUUGCUGUACGCGGCGGUGGCGAAGCUUUCGGGCUGGCGCGUGCCGCAUGCACCCAUCCGCCCGGCCUACUUGAGUGGCUGCAUCUGGGCCGUGGGCUUCACCUUCAUGAUCACCGGCAUCUCAUCCUUGGGCUUUUCCAUUGGCUAUACGCUGGACGCGGUGGGGCCCAUCGUGAUUGCCAGCCUUCUCUCCGUUUUCGUCUUCAAGGAAAUCUCUGAGAGGAACCAACUGAUCUUGUAUAGUGUAGCCUUCGGCUUGCAGCUGAUUGGAGUGCUUUGCAUGUCCUCCGCAUCCAGCUGACGUCGUUUGACACGACCCGGCAGAGGGCGCAACGCUCUGAACUCGGGACGAGCCGAAGUCGGACGCAGUGUUGAGAAGUCCAUGGUGAACAUGACCAAGCAGGUGGCGGCCUUCUGAUUCGGGAGUUGAUUGAUGGAGUAGACCCUGGUAUGUAACUGUGAAAAGCAAAACCAC